GUCCAAACUCCAGCCACAAGGACAAGUCACAGUUUCCACCUCUCGCGUAUAAACAAAACAGCAACGAAUCCGUAGCCGGUAGCCCCAUCCAUCCAUCCAUCCAUUCUGCAGUGCAGCCUGCCUCACAAAGAUUCCAUCUUUUUUCAUCGAUCCAUCAUCCUUGUUCUUGCGCAGUUUGCUGCCCCAAGAUGGCUAAAUUCAGGAGGCCGUGGUUUGUUGGGUGAAUUUGAGGGAUGAGAGGGGAAUUUUGUUGCGCAAUUUGUGGUGAUGAUGCGCGAGUUUAGUGCCGAUUUGGUGGUUUUCUGGGUUCCGAUUGGUUCGUAGGAUCCGAUUUGGGUGGGCGGGAGGAGGAGGAGAAGAAGAAAGGCGAUGUCUUUCAGGAGCGUGAUCCAGGAGGUGAAGGGAGAGAUCGGCGCCAUCUCUCGGCGGAGCUUCCGGUCGCGGCCGCACCGGGCGGGGCGCGUCCGGCGGGUCGCGGCGGCGGCGGACUCGCCGGACGACGAGGCGCUGCUGCUGCUGCGGCGGCGGCAGGGCUGCUGCUGGACGCAGCUGCCGCCGGAGCUCCUCAGGGAGGUGCUGGUGAGGGUCGAGGAGUCGGAGGGGCGGUGGCCGGGCCGGCGCGACGUGGUGGCGUGCGCCGGCGUCUGCCGGAGCUGGAGAGGCGUCGUCAGGGAGAUCGUCCGCACCCCGGAGGCGUCCGGGAAGCUCACCUUCCCCAUCUCUCUCAAGCAGCCUGGCCCAAGGGAUGCUCCUGUCAAAUGUUUCAUUUCAAGGAACCGGACUACUCAGACAUAUUACCUUUACAUUGGACUGACUGAUGCAAUAUCUGAUGACGGGAAGUUCCUACUUGCUGCACGCAAAUGUCGUAGAACCAUGUGUACCGAAUACCUAAUCUCGCUUGAUAUGAACAAUAUAUCAAAGGGGAGUGAAACCUAUAUUGGCAAACUAAGAUCUAACUUCCUGGGGACGAAGUUUACUGUUUAUGAUGCUCAUCCACCUUAUGCUGGAGAUGGGGUUUCAAAGAGUCAGUCUGAACGUGUGAUUGAUUCAAACCAAGUAACCCCCAGGGUCACUGCUGGGAAUUAUCCAGUCUCACAUAUUUCAUAUGCGCUGAACGUUUUGGGUUCCAGGGGACCGAGAAGGAUGCACUGUGUUAUGGAUUCUAUCCCUGUAUCGGCAAUUGAACAAGGAGGAACAGCUCCAACACAGACUGAAUUUCCUUCGAGUAACCAUGAAUCGUUCACAUCAAUCCCCUUUUUCAAAUCAAAGUCAUUUCGAGUGAAUAGUUCAGCUGCCUCAUUACUCACUCAAAAUGAAAGUAAACUGGUUCUGAAGAACAAGUCCCCGAGGUGGCACGAACAUCUGCAGUGCUGGUGCCUCAACUUCCAUGGACGGGUAACGGUUGCAUCGGUGAAGAACUUUCAGCUCGUGGCUUCGGAUGAGAGUGGUCCAACCAACCAGGAACACGAAGAUGUGAUCCUCCAGUUUGGCAAAGUUGGGAAGGACACCUUCACCAUGGACUACCGUUAUCCUAUUUCGGCAUUUCAGGCGUUUGCGAUAUGCCUGAGCAGCUUUGAUACCAAAAUAGCGUGCGAAUGAGUGAAGGUGUGAUUCUUUCUUCCAUGUUUCUCUCUGUUGGUUUGGCAAAUGAGCUAUUUCCUGAUGAUCCACAUUGCAAGCUGGCCAUGGACUCUGCUUAGUUGCUUCCACAUUUUCUUUUGAUGCAUAAAAGGUAGAGACUCUACCUUACAACCAUUGUAUUAGUGGCGGGUCAUGGAGUUACAGGAUGCUUCCACCUUUUGGAACCUUGCAGAAUAGAGACAUAAAUAAAAGUUUUCUUAAAUUUUAUAUUUUAGUUGGAUAGGGAUAAUGAUGUAACCUGCAAUUUAGCUUUCUUGAAAUAUGUUCAACCUGCACCAUUUCAGUCACUUGUAAGUCUUGAGUUACCUUUAGGUGUUGAAUAACCACAAUUGACAGCUCAGAUUUGUAUC